AUGGCAUUGAUUUUGGGUGAUUUCAUCUGGGUUAACGUUUUCACCGCACUUGUUGUAGUGUACAUCGUCAAGUACUACUAUUCAUGGUAUACACGGGAGAAUCCGAUUCCUGGACCAUUUCCUUUGCCUUUAAUAGGAAAUUUACAUCAGUUGGGACUGGAUAUGGGGAAAGGAGCGGUCAAAUUACAAAAGGAGUUUGGGGACAUGUUUGAAAUAUACUUAGGACCGACAAGAGCGAUAUUUUUAAGUAGAGCGGAACUUACGGAAAAAAUUUAUAAUCCGACGUUAAAGAAUAAUGAAUUCUCCCUUCGCACACCCUCUAACCCAGGAUUGGAGGAACUUCAUCUGACAGAGACCGGUAUCACAUUUAAUAGGGAUUUGAACGCUUGGAAAUUCAAUAGGCGUAUCUUAAACCUCACAGUGAUGUCACCAAAAUUCAUGAGGGAGAGCGUGAAAUUCACCAAUCAAAUUUGCGAUGAGUUGGAAAAGUAUUGGUCUACGAUUAAUCCCAAUAAUAAAAUUGAUUUUGCAAGGUGGACUUCUUGUCUCGCCGCUGAUAUUAUC